AUGGUCUCUUCGGGAAGCAAUAUUUUGGUAAUUCCUGCUGUUUCAGCAGGAAACAUUCCACAAUUGACACUGGAUUUACUGAUUCAUAAUCUGGAUUGCGAAUUUGUCGAGAGUUUAGACGACCGAUAUCUGUAUCCAUUUGCAGGACCACGAGAUGGACCUGUAGGUAUCAAAGCAGAACCAGGUCUUACUACGCCAAUUGAGGCAUACAGAUCUAAGAAACACACAGGGCUGACGCUACUUCAAGUGCGGUCACCAACAUUACCUGGCUGUAAAGCGAAAUUUGUCUCAGAAACACUUGUUCCUUAUGUGGAGAAAGGUCAAUACACAGACGUAGUGGUCCUGGGAUCAUCCAAUGCCGCUUUCGAGCAUUCAGGCAACCCGUUCGAUUCAGGGGCUGUGGUAGGGACCAGCCGCCUCCGUGUUUACACCACCGACCAAGCCAAAGGAGAUUUAUCCGAACGACUGGCAGCAUUAACGCUUUCGGGGACGCCCAAAGAAAAGCAGCAGCUCCCUGGGCCGCCUGAAACCUUACCAGAAUCUGGGAUCGUACUUGACGCACUCAACGGCGUGAAAACAGUGCCCGUCUCGGCUAUUGUCACAUUUGCAUACGAAGGAGACAACUCCGGAGAUGCUCUCUGGCUGGCUGGCGAGGUCACCAAAAUGCUCAACAUCGAGCCCCCUGCCACCUGGCGCCAGCCACGAUCGUGGCAGGGCAUCUACGGCCGGGAAAUCCCUGUCGGUAUCGAAGAGGGUUUAUACUCUUAA